AAUUAUUUCUGGCAUUUUGUUUUUAGAAGUGUAAAAAUGUUUAGUAAAGAAAUUGUUCUUGUUGCAGCGGGUUCCUUGGUUGCAGGUAGUUUGUUCGGAUAUUUGAUUUCAUCAAGGUGGUGUGGGAAGAAAUCUUUCCAAACCAUCUUCAAGUCAUAUGAAGAUAACAACCCAAUUGUUCAUUAUGUUACCGAAAACUCUUUAAGGGAACCCAAGAUUUUAGAAGAACUGCGAGUGUACACCCAACAAAAUGUUGCAAUGUCGUUGAUGUUGACAGAUCCUUUACAAGCACAGUUUUUCCGCUUACUCCUCAAUAUGCUGGAUGCUAAGAAGUGCAUUGAGGUUGGAACAUAUACAGGGUAUAAUGCUCUGAAUUGUGCACUUGCCCUUCCAUCCGAUGGUAUGGUGUAUGCAUUAGAUAUCAGCGAAGAAUAUGUGAAUCAUGGAAAACCAUUUUUUGAGAAGGCAAAUGUAGCAGAAAAAAUUGAUAUUAGAAUAGCACCUGCUGGGGAAACAAUGGACCAAUUAAUCAGUCAGGGUCAUGCCGGCACAUUUGAUUUUGUUUACAUUGAUGCCGACAAACCAGGAUAUGACAUGUACUACGAAAAAGGUUUGAUGCUUGUUCGAAAAGGUGGUCUUAUUGUUCUUGAUAACAUGUUGCAGCAUGGGAAAGUUGUCCAAAGCAAAGAAACGUGGAAUAUCUCUACUCAAUCCAUUGAUAAGUUGAACAAAAAAAUCAAAUCUGAUAAUCGUGUUCAAAUUUCUUUCUUUAAUUUGGGUGAUGGUGUUACAUUUUGUCGAAAACUUUGAACAUGCAGUGUGACUUAAAAAUUUUUUUAAAUUUUGGUAGCACAAAGGAUUUUUUUAAUUAGAACUAUAUGUUGUAAU